CAUUGUCCGUAGUGUCGAUGAUAUAUCCCUGGCAUUUUUGGAUAGGAAAUGUAUCAAGACGUUCAAAUCUAAUCUCGAGAGCUUUCCUGUUGCAUUUUCUUCUGUUGGUCUACUGCAUAGGAGAGUGCAGUGAGUGGCCAGCCAACACGACCAGCAUGACUGAACUAAUAAUACCGCUAAGUAACUGCGAUUAAUAGUAUUUUCAGCCAGCCCUAUGCCAAGUUAUCCACAGCUGCAGGGAGAUUGAUUGCUCACUUGCUGCAGCGCCGCACACACCAGCGUCGCCAGCGAACUAGCCUUGCAAGGAGACUGUCGAGACCAGAUCGUUGGAGAGCAGCCCGACGACUCACACAAAGGCAGGCAAGGCGAUCUCCCGAUCUCGACUACUCAGAUGGUCGUAUCGGUUUUUAUUUUCUGUCUUUUGCUCUCUCCCUCUGUCUGUCUGCUCAUCGAUUCACCAUUGAUAUUCUCAUUGAGCCCAGCGCGGCACGUGCCGUCCCAGCCUCACCGCGACUUCGCAGCCUUUCUUGUCUUGCUCUCUCUCUCUUUUCUUUCUCUCGCUCGCUUCGUCUUCCCUCCCCAACCUCCUCCUCCUCUGAUCACCCGUCUAUCGCUUUCCUGUACAAUUCUACUCGAUGAUAUUAACGACCUGUUGAAAUGAACUGAUGACUGAGACGAAUUUCCUUUGAACGCACACCUGUACGAUAGGAUACCCCCUCGACUUUAGAGUUGGCGCCAUCUCCAAGCUGGAGUUGACCCCCAGGCUUACCG